GAGGUGUUCCCAAAGGGUAUACUACAUAUACGCCGUAUACUCUCAAGAUAUUUUGUCAGAACUAUGGGUAUACUGCGUAUACUCUCAAAUUAUAUACAAAAGUAAAAAAAAAACUGGUUUUGGUUACUCAGAAAAUGCUACGAAAGUUAAUUAUUAUUUAUGACGCUGAUAACGGAAAUAUGACACUUAUAUCUUACAACUAUUAUUAGAUUCUCAGAAAACAAGAAACGAACUAUCGCGUUAGAUAGAUUAGAUUAGAUGAUGGAAAUGCGUCUGACUCUGAACACGAUUAAUUUAAUCAGUACAUCCGUUACCGCCGACUUGUAACAUUUUAUUAUUUUUAUAAAUCGAUUGUGCGUUGUGUGAUCUACCGUUCUUUGUUUACCGCGAAUAAGUUCUUAAUUCUUUUAUUAAUUAUUAAUUACUAACGUAUUCAUUUUAUUUGAGCAGUUUUAUUAAUUUAUUUAAUUGAGUUUAAUUAACUAUCCUAAUCUGUUUUACUGUAUAAAGUGUUAUUUAAAUUUUUAUCAAAUAUGAGUUCGAAUUUUAAACGUGAAAGCGGAACACUUGAUAGUUUUUUUAUGCCCCGAGAAAAAAAACCUAAAAAUGCGACUAAUACUGCCAUUUGUGCUACUAGUUCACACGAGCUAGUGAUGCCCAAUGAAGAUAAUUUUGUUAGUGAUAGUCAAAUCGAUAAUCAAAUACAAGAUGUAUGGGAUACUUCCAAAAUUUGGCGGACAUUAGGUUUUUCUGAAUUUGAAAGUGUAGUUGACUUCCGUUCAAGAAAUGUUUUUUCUAGUUGCAUGAAAGCAUUAAAUAUACUCCCAACUUCAACAGCUGAUUGUGAACGAGGGUUUUCCGAUAUGAAUUUGACAAUAACUGAUUUAAGGACUAGAUUAAACAUUGAAAAUGUGUCAGAUUUGAUGUUCAUCUCUAUCAAUGGCCCUUCAGUUGCAGAUUUUAAUCCUAGACCUUAUAUUAAAAUUUGGUUAAGAGAUCACCGUUCUGCCGUUUCCACUCCUAGAGGUAAAGAAAGAAAAGAAAUAGACGACGAAAAUAAGAUGCAGAAAUUAUUUUUUAACAAUUUAUUUAAUUAAUUUUUUUAGUAUUUGUAUAUUUUCAUAUUUUAUUGACUUAUAAAGGUAAUUUCAAGCUUUUUUUAAAAGUUUGAUUUUUUUUUUCAUAUUUUUAACACAUCCUUUAUAAUUAUAGACCACAGUAAAAAUAUUUGUAUAUUAUUAAAUAUUCAUGUUUAUUACUAAAUCAUGGAUCUUCACCUUGACUAGAGUCGUAGUAUACUCUCAAAAAAAAUAUUGGGAACACCUCUGCUAUUAGGUCCCUGGUAGGUAGGUACCUAUAUAGUAUUGAUAGUUUCAUUUUGAUUUGAUUUUGAUACAUUUCACAUAAAUUAUAAGUUAUAUAACUAAUAUGAUUUAAAUAGCCAAACAGGUAAAAUCUAUAUUAUAUUAUUAUGACAUAUUGUAGUAUCGUGUUUACUUUAAAAUAUGUACAAGAUACUAGCAGAAUAAUAUUUCAGAAAUAUUUCUGUUAUAUCAUCCGCAUGGACGUCUUAUUUUAAAGGUAAAUUGAAAUAUUUUAUAAGUGUUCAAACGUAUUGAACACUUGCUUACAUAAUGAACCGUUUCAUUGGCAAACUCAGACAAUUUAAAGUCGCAUUUUUAUAAUUUAGUUUGAUUUAAUAGAAAAUUAGUUUAAUAUUUCAAUAUUUUCAUUACACAAAUAUAAAGAAAUAGAAACGGUAAUAUUCUCUAACUAGAGCCACUAGAUCAAUUUGUAUUAAUAUUUUUUUUACUUUCUUUAAAAAAACUCAGUAGCAUGUAUAAUUAAAAUAAUAAAAUGUUUUUUUUUUAAUAAGCUAAAUCUUUUUCAAUCAAAGUUAAUGCAAAACUUGUUGACAUUAUUCAAUUUUUGUCGCCAUAGCCCGAUCUGUGACUACUAAAAACAUGCGUAUUUGUGGAUGCGGAACCUAACCCGUGGAUCAAUCCCAAAACAAUAGGUGUCCACGGACACAAACAAAAAUAAAUUAUGAAUUGUGAAUUCCAAUGUCUACGAGGUGUGCUUCGAUGUUAUAAUUAAUUAUUAAAUUAUAUAACUAUAGGAUUUAUUACCAUUUAUACUUUAUAGAUACCUAUUGCGCGGCACGUCUUAUUUUUAUUAUGACACGCGUUCGUUAAUUAUUAUUACCACCACGCCCCCAUAAUAUUAUAUUAUUAUUGAAUAUAAAUUACAACAUAUUUUGCUCAACUUCGACUCGCGUAUAUAUUAUAAUAUGUGCACGUACGGUUGGUCAAUACCGCCAU